AUACUACUACUUGAAUACGGAUAUACUAAGAUCGAUCGAUCACGGUACAUGCCACGUACCGUACCAGGCUGGUCUUUAGAGUAAAAACGUUUUCUCCUGUAUGUACUCCAGUAGUGACUAUAUAUAUACAGCACCUACUAGCUACUGUAGGUAUUUAUUAUUUAUUAUUAAAAGAGGAUCAAUCAAAAUCUCAACAAAAAAAUUUACUCUAAUCGUAGAAUAUUUUUGAGAUGUAAACUGUCUCCUGCAUGUAUGCAUGCGUGCAAAUUUCACUCCAGCCAGAUGCGUGCAGGUAGUAGAGAGAGGAAUAAAAAUGCGACCGUUUGCAGUUAGGCCCACUCCUCAGUGACCUUUGCUUCUGUCCUCGUCGCAUCGCAUUUACUCACACGGCAUGGCUGGCAUGCAUGCAUGGGCAGCUCAUAGUCGUCAGGCUCAUGGCCGGAGGCGGAGCCACCCCAGCUGCUGCCGGCCGGCUGCCGCUUGGACGCUUGUCGCCUCCUCCGAUCCGCCGCCGCACGCCAGCCAGCUCCCAGCCUCCCUGUCCCAGGAGGAAAUGGUGGAGCCAGCGGUGACAGGGACGCGCUACAUCAUCGACGCCGCGGCCGAGGCCGGCACGGUCCGCCGCGUCGUCCUGACCUCGUCCAUCGGCGCGGUCGCCAUGGAUCCCAACCGCUCGCCGGACGCCGUCGUCGACGAGUCGUGCUGGAGCGACCUCGACUUCUGCAAGAAGACCAAGAACUGGUACUGCUACGGGAAGGCGGUGGCGGAGCAGGCGGCGUGGGAGGAGGCGGCGGCGCGCGGGGUGGACCUGGUGGUGGUGAACCCGGUGCUGGUGCAGGGGCCGGCGCUGCAGCCGUCGGUGAACGCCAGCCUGAUGCACGUGCUCAAGUACCUGAACGGCUCCGCCAAGACGUACGCCAACGCCGUGCAGGCGUACGUGCACGUCCGCGACGCCGCCGACGCGCACGUCCGCGUCUUCGAGGCGCCGCACGCCGCCGGCCGGUACAUCUGCGCCGACGGCGCCGUGCUCCACCGCGAGGACGUCGUCAGGACGCUCCGCAAGUUCUUCCCGGACUACCCCGUCCCGGAAAGGUGCUCUGAUGAGGUGAACCCAAGGAAGCAGCCGUACAAGAUAUCCAACCAGAAGCUGAGGGACUUGGGCUUGGAGUUCACGCCGGCGGCGCAGGCCCUGUACGACACCGUCAUAUGCUUCCAGGAGAAGGGCAUCAUCCCUAUCCCUGCCCCAACGCCGUCGCCGUCGCCGGAGGCCUGAGCUAUAUACGUCGUACUCGUACGAAUCACAGCUAUAGGCUACCUUGGUAGUCCCUGAAGAAACAAAUUAGCAUAUGGCACGCAAACUAUAACAGUCGCUAUAUAUGCUUCCAUCAGUUUGCUAAAAAUAGAAUAUGAAGUAUGUACCAUGCAUGCAUUGUGGGCGUGUAAGUGUCACAAGCGCUAAUAGUGCAACAGUGACUAUCGACCGAUGUGACUUUCUAUGUUGCUAGCUACUAUAGUUGACAGUUGUAUAAUCUCCUAAUAAGAUAAAUUCGCAUUGGAGUAUCAUCCUACA